AUGACGAGAAGGAGGAAAUCGAAAAUUCCCGAUCUUCCCCACGAACUGGAAGAGGAAAUACUCUCAAAAGUUCCGGCAAACUCUCUUCAAAACCUGAAAACUACUUGCAAACGAUGGUACAGUUUAUUCAGAGACCCGAGAUUCGUCGAGAAGAACUUGGGUAGCGAAGCGGCGAGGGAGAGGGAGAUCAUCUUACUGAUGAAUUUCACGGUUUGUUCAAUCAGGAUCGACACCGGCGUAAUCCACGACGGCCUUAAACCAACUCUGAUUUUCUCAGGUACACUCAAAAACCUGAAAAUAUCAGAAAUCUUCCAGUGCGACGGUUUGAUUUUGUGCACCCCCAAGGGAAAUGGUAGAAGAGGAAGACUAUUAAUUUGGAAUCCUUGCAACGGCGAAAGGAAAUGGAUCAAACCCAGAGAGGUCAACGCGAUUUCCGCUAGCUACGCUCUCGGUUUUGGAUACGGAAACGGUAGCUACAAGAUAUUGACGCUUCGCAGUUACGAAACGAGCGCGGAGGAUAUCCGAUCCGAGUUCGAGAUCUACGAUCUAAGCUCUGAUUCAUGGAAGGUUAUCGAUGGCUCGGCUUGUGGAAUCGACUUGUUAUCUCCCGGCGUGUCUCUGAGAGAAAACGCCUACUGGAUUGCUUUCGACGGUGAAAUUGGCAUUCACAUGCUCAAUUUCGAUUUCGAAAGGGAGAGAUUUGGGCGUGUUCCUCUUCCGUUUCAGAGCGAGGAUUGUUGUGAUACCUUUCUUCUUUCCGUCGUCAGAGAUGGACGACUCUCAUUGUUAUACCAGAGUCGGUACUCGUCGGAGGCGACGAUUUGGGUCACCGAUGAGGGUAAAGAGAUGUCCUGGAGCGUGUCCUUGGAAGUGGAUUUGUGUGAGUUUAUGAGAGAAGAUGGUGUGAUGAUGAAUCUGGAGAGUUUCUUGUUGGAUGAGGAGAAUGGAGUGGCAGUGUGUUGUGUUACAGAGAUUGAAGGAAAUGGAGGAAUUGCAAGGAUUUUCAUUGUUGGUGAAGAUUUACAUGUUGAGGCUUUCGAUGAUGAGAGAAGAAAGGGAAGAUCGUUUCAUCAUUCGCCACUUCUCCUCAGUUAUGUUCCAAGUUUGGUUCGCCUUGAGAAAGAUAAAACCAAAAGGCAAAAGAAAGAGAACAACAAAGGAGGUUAG